AUGAAACUUGCGGUUAGUCGUGAUUCCCUAAUUGCUCUUCAGUACAUGUGGCAUAGACAACCAUUUCGUGCUCCAGAGGGUUGGCAACGCUGGAAUGCACGAGCAGUUCUGGUGGCAAGUCUGCGUUUGAGGGUUCAUCGACUGUUACCCACAUACUUUCAGCUUUGCCAAAAAGCCAACGAACUCCGUCACAAAUUUGAGGAGACUCAACCCACGUGGUUAAUAGAACAGCCUUUCACAUACACUAUGGCGAUUGUGGAACAAGUUCUGGAUGGCUCAUUGAUUGAAUCCAUGACGGAUUUUUGGAUUCAAGUUGAGGAUCAUGUUAUCAACUGUGUUGAUGAAAUCACGCAGCUAGAAGAGUUUAUGCUGCUCAGCGCGGUAAAGAAAUGUAAUUUUUCCACUUUUGAACAACGUGAAAGCAUGGAAAUAGUGCUGAAAGAGAGAGUUAGUGCAGAUAGCGAAUUAAAUAAGAAUCCCAUCUCUUAA